GGCAGCUCCCACAGCAGGUGCCAGGCAGGUGGCUGCAGUGGCCCAGUCCCAGCAUGAGCUCCUUCGACCUGCCGGCGCCCUCCCCGCCUCGCUGCAGCCCCCAGUUCCCCAGCAUCGGCCAGGAGCCCCCAGAGAUGAACCUUUACUAUGAGAACUUCUUCCACCCACAGGGCGUGCCCAGCCCCCAGCGGCCCCCCUCCUUCGAGGGGGGUGGCGAGUAUGGGGCCACCCCCAACCCCUACCUCUGGCUCAAUGGGCCCACCAUGACCCCAGCGCCCUACCUGCCGAGCGCCAACGCCAGCCCCUUCCUACCGCAGGCCUACGGGGUACAGAGGCCGCUGCUGCCCAGUGUGCCAGGGCUGGGGGGCAGCGAGCUGGGCUGGCUGCCCCUCCCCUCGCAGGAGGAGCUGAUGAAGCUGGUGCGGCCCCCCUACUCCUACUCGGCCCUCAUCGCCAUGGCCAUCCACGGGGCGCCCGACAAGCGCCUCACCCUCAGCCAGAUCUACCAGUAUGUGGCUGACAAUUUCCCCUUCUACAACAAGAGCAAGGCCGGCUGGCAGAACUCCAUUCGCCACAACCUGUCGCUCAACGACUGCUUCAAAAAGGUGCCCCGGGACGAGGACGACCCAGGCAAAGGGAAUUACUGGACACUGGACCCCAACUGUGAGAAGAUGUUCGACAACGGGAAUUUCCGCAGGAAGAGGAAGAGAAAAUCGGAUGUUUCCUCCAGCACAGGCUCCUUGGCCUCGGAGAAGCCGGAGAACGGCCUCCUGGUGGGCAGCCCCAAGAGCACGGAGCCUCAGGAUGUGCUGGACAGCGCCUCACCCGGCACCACCAGCCCCUCCGAGAAGCGGUCCCCCCCUCCACCUACGGGCACCCCAUGCCUCAGCAGCUUCCUCUCCACCGUGACAGCCUUCACUGGGGGGGCAAGCUCUGCGGGCCGGCCUGUGGCCACGCCGGGACUGAACCCUGAGCCCACCGACAAGAUGGGACAGAACUCACUGAGCUUCAACUCCUUCACCCCCCUCACCAACCUCGGCAGCCAUGGGGGAGGGGGCGAGUGGGCCAACCCCAUGCCUGCCAACGCUCUCGGCUAUGGAGGCUCUGUCCUCAACCAGUUCAGCCCUCACUUCUACAACAGCAUCAGCACCAACACCAACAGCGUCCUCUACCCCAGGGAGGGCACUGAGGUCUAG